AUGCCAUUGGGUCGAUAUGUGGAAAAAUAUGAAUUGAAUGGUAAAGGCAGUGGUAGUGGUGGUACCGGUGGUACUGGUAUUGCCGGCACCGGUAGCUAUGGAUCGAUAGCAUCGUGCGUCACACAAGAGUCUCAGGUGAUGCUGGAUCCUAAAAAUAAAAAUUUUGAUGAUGACAGUAGCGAUAGUGAUACUGUUGCUGGCACUGAUAAUAAUAAUACUAUUGAUGACAACAACGGUGGUGACGAUAAUUGUAUUACAUUUAAUGACAAAAAAAGACAAAUUGAUUAUAUAUUAGUCUACGAGGAGUCCAGCGAAUCAUUGGCAGGAAAAUCGGAAAAAUAUCGUAAAAAAUUUCUAAAAAAUCUCCGACAACUGGGGAUCGAAAUCGAGGAAUCGGUAGUUAAAGGAUCGGCAGCUACUGUACAAUACCAACAACAACAACAUACCGGUGCCCGUCAUCGCCAACAAUAUGAAGAUCUAACUGAUAGUACUAGCAAUCGAUACAUACAUUUUGUCAAACUAUACGUACCGUUCCCAGUGAUGUGCACCUAUGCUGAGCACCUGUGUCUACGGGCACCCUUACAGGCACUACCUAACAAUCCAGUGGACAGUUAUGGUGGCGGUGGUUCAGAUAAUAACUGGUCCGAUCAUGUAUUUCAUUGGCUACGUUUACCGAAUCCAAUGUACGAUUAUGUACCCAACCGGCCCCUAGCUUACUAUACCUGUCCGUUUAAAAUGUCUAAACUGGGGAAGUUUGUCGGUUCCGAUGACCCGCACCUGUAUUUUCAAACCCAACAACGUAUACGUGUUAUACACGAUAUAUUGGAGUCGACCCUAUUUGGUAAACGUAGCCUAGCACAGUUAGGUAUUAGUCGAUUGGUUGAACAAUCAGUAUUUCAAGCUGCCUAUCCACUACAUGAUGGCCAGUAUGACUGUCCCCGUCAAGUGUCUGAACCGCAACACCUAAACAAACGUCAAAUAUUGUAUCACUAUUGGGCCCAAUGGUCUAAAUGGUAUAAAUAUCAGCCAUUGGAUCAUAUAAGGGAUUAUUUUGGCGAAAAAAUUACCAUAUAUUUUGCAUGGUUAGGCUUCUAUACCAGUUGGCUAAUACCGGCCUCAAUAGUGGGUGUAUUAGUAUUUUUGUACGGCUUGUUCAGCAUUAACAGUGAUAUACCAUCUCAAGAGAUAUGCCAGAGUGGCCAACAGUAUCGGAUGUGUCCGACAUGUGAUGAACACCAGGGUUGCCAAUACUGGUCACUAAGCGAAACCUGUCUGUACUCACGUUUGUCGGUAAUGUUUGACCACUCGGGCACUGUAUUGUAUGCCGUAUUCAUAUCGUUUUGGUCCGUAGCAUUUCUAGAGUAUUGGAAACGUAAAAGUGUUUCACUGGCACACCAUUGGGGAUCAAUUGACUGCAAUGAGGAGGAGAGACCGCGUCCGCAGUUCAGCGCCAGAGCACCACAUAUUGAACGCAAUCCGAUAACCGGUACUAAAGAGCCGACAUUUCCGAAAAAUGUCCGCUAUUUGCGUAUAACUGCCGGUUAUAUGACUAUUGUUUUAAUGUUAGUAUUGGUAUUCAUAUUUAUGAUAGCCGUCAUCAUCUAUCGGAUAAUCCUAGUAUCCAUGCAAUCGUAUCAGUCGCCAGGUAUGCGUAACAUAUCAUCCCUGAUCUCAAGCUCUACCGGUGCUGUAGUCAACCUAAUACUGAUUAUGAGUGUCGGUAUGGUCUACGAAAAGCUUGCCUACCGUCUCACUGAAUGGGAAAUGCACCGGACACAAUCAGAAUUUGAUAAUCAAUUGGCAUUUAAAGUGUUUAUAUUUCAGUUUGUCAACUUUUACGCAUCGAUAUUUUAUAUAGCAUUUUUUAAGGGACGAUUUGUCGGACGUCCCGGACAGUACGGUACCAUAUUUGGUUUGCGCAACGAGGAGUGUAGCACCAGUGGCUGCCUGAUGGAGCUAACCCAACAGUUGGCUAUCAUAAUGAUUGGCAAACAAGUUAUCAAUAAUGCCCGUGAAUUGUUGGUACCUAUGAUACAGUCAUGGUAUCAUCGGCAACGUACAGGUAUCGAGCACCGGGAUCAUCGACAGUAUACACGUUGGGAACGUGACUAUCGGCUGAUUGGCUACGACGGACUGUUUGAAGAAUAUCUGGAAAUGAUACUACAGUUCGGGUUUAUUACGAUAUUUGUGGCCGCCUUUCCACUGGCGCCGUUGUUUGCGCUGAUAAACAAUUGGUUUGAAAUACGACUGGACGCACAUAAACUGGUUUGUCAUACCCGGCGACCGAUACCCGAAAGAGCCAACAAUAUUGGCGUAUGGUUUCCGAUAUUGACUUUUUUGGCACAUUUUGCAGUUAUUAGCAAUGCAUUUCUCAUAGCAUUUACAUCGGAUUUUAUACCGAAAACAUUAUAUCUGUACGAAAUGUAUGGCUCCGAUAGUAGCACAUCGACAGCAUCGCCAUCAUCAACAUCGACGGCAUCGUUGUCCGGUUUUGUCAACUUUACUCUGGCCACUGCACCCGCCGGUACAAUGAACCAGACAUGUCGGUAUCGGGAUUUUCGUGACCCCAACGGCGAACACACGGUAUUCUACUGGAAGCUACAGUUCCUACGAUUUGUGUUUGUCGUAGUGUUCGAGCACCUGGUGUUCAGUAUAUGCCGAUUGAUUGAUCUGGUAGUACCCGACAUACCCGGCGAUGUUGAAAGGAAAAUCAAACGGGAACGCUAUUUGGCCAGACAAGCAUUGACCGAUUCGGCACUGGGAUCUACCACUGUUGUAGACAAUGAUGAUGAUGAUGCUGGUGAUGAUGCUGGCAAUGCUACUACAAAAGUUGAUGAUGCUGUUUUUAUUAAUGUUAAUACCAAUACUACUACUACUAAUACUACCAGCGAUUCCCAGUUAGUUAAUAUUGAUUGUACUGGAAAAUAAG